UCUGCAUAAAGAAAAAAUCUAAGAUGACAACAUCAUAACACAUUUCUAAAAUUCACCAUGCCGAGAUAAAUAUGAAAGAAUCUAUUAAAACGGAAACCUAACAUAUCAACCAUGGUAACUGUUUUCAAAAAAGGCUCAAGAAGUUUCUAAUCACAAUGUCAAAAUGCAACAAAGUGAAAAAUCCAUGUAAGAUAUGCUUAGGACCUGUGACGCAUAAGAACGGCUUACAAUGCCAAGGUGCGUGCCAAAGUUGGGUGCACUACAACUGCCUGAACUACACCCCUGGCAAGAUCAAGGACAUAAAGGCCGGUAUAAUCAAAGUAACAUGCCCCUGUCCCGACUGCAAGACGAGUAUGCCCAAAGAAUUCCGAACGGAUCAGCCAUACAGCUGCACCAAUUCCAUGUGCCCAGCAAACAGGCCCCCCAAAUGUGACAACAUGCAGUGCCCUAUUAACGACGCCGGGAAAGGCCGCGUGGUGCGACCACCACCUCCUUGCCCACUCAGCAAAUGUGGCAAUGAUUGCAAGACAUACACUACCCCGCAGUUCAGUAGUCCGCAGUUACGACCCUCGUGCCCCUCGCCUCAACCACAGCCUCCGUGUAGUAAUAAUAAUAAUUACGGCGGCGACAUAUCACCAAUGUCUUCUUCUGACGCUUGCCUAAGCGAAGCAAUCACCAAUCGAUGUCCUUCAGGAUGCUCAUCAACACAAGAAGACGUUCAAGGAGAUGUAGGCGUAUAUCAAAUGGGAAGCAGCAUGCCCUCAUUUCACGUUGUGGAACAGAUGUGUAACACCGUUGGCCAGCUUACGAAUCAGAUCAAUGAUCUCAUGAUGAAGAUGAAGCAGGCGUGCAACAGGCCGGGUGGUAAUGGUAACGGUGGUAGCAAUGGUAGCAGCAACGGUGGGAAUGGAAAUGGUGGGAAUGGUGGAGGAGGCUGCUGUCCAAGAUCACCAAAGUCAACAUGUCCACAAAAAGGACCAAAAUCGAUGUGCCCAAAACCUUGCUACUGCCCCGGUAACCCUGCUCGACGAAAAUAGAUAUUCCAAUUUUAUUUCAAUUUAUUUUUAAUAGUUAUGGAAUAAUAUAUUGUUGUCUACAUAUUUUGUGAAAUAACUGAUCUACGUUUCAAAACAUUGGCGAGUUUUAUUCGUAUCUAAUUUAAAUGACGACGGAUUUUAAUAUAGCGUGUUCCUUCCAAGUUUAAAAGGAAUAAUAUGACAUCCGUUUCAAUGCUAAAUAUAAUUUAUUGAGAACCU